AUACCCUCCCCUGGCCCACCCCUUCCCCUCUUCCCUCCUCCUCCCCCCGAACUUUCCCUCUCGCAUGCUUUUCCCCUGCACCACGGAUCGCCUUUCGGAUGCCGCUUGCCUGGAAGCUGCGUUAGGAGCGAGCGGCGGUGGCCGCGGUGGCGGUGGCGGCGACAGCUCGGGAGUGCUAUGACCGGCAAACUCGCCGAGAAGCUGCCGGUGACCAUGAGCAGUUUGCUAAACCAACUGCCUGACAAUCUGUACCCCGAGGAGAUCCCCAGCGCGCUCAACCUCUUCUCCGGCAGCGGCGACUCGGUAGCCCAUUACAAUCAGAUGGCUACAGAGAAUGUGAUGGACAUCGGUCUGACCAACGAGAAGCCCAACCCGGAACUCUCUUAUUCGGGCUCCUUCCAGCCAGCCCCCGGCAACAAGACCGUGACCUACUUGGGAAAGUUCGCUUUCGACUCCCCUUCCAACUGGUGCCAGGACAACAUCAUUAGCCUCAUGAGCGCCGGCAUCUUGGGGGUGCCCCCGGCCUCAGGGGCGCUCACCACGCAGACGUCCACGGCCAGCAGCAUGGUGCAGCCGCCGCAGGGAGACGUGGAGGCCAUGUAUCCGGCGCUGCCCCCAUAUUCCAAUUGCGGUGAUCUCUACUCGGAGCCCGUGUCUUUCCACGACCCCCAGGGCAAUCCCGGGCUCGCCUAUUCCCCCCAGGAUUACCAAUCGGCCAAGCCGGCCUUGGACAGCAAUCUCUUCCCCAUGAUUCCUGACUACAACCUGUACCACCACCCCAACGACAUGGGCUCCAUUCCGGAACACAAGCCCUUCCAGGGCAUGGACCCCAUCCGGGUCAAUCCGCCCCCUAUUACCCCUCUGGAGACCAUCAAGGCAUUCAAAGACAAGCAGAUCCACCCGGGCUUUGGCAGCCUGCCCCAACCGCCGCUCACGCUCAAGCCCAUCCGGCCCCGCAAGUACCCCAACCGGCCCAGCAAGACCCCGCUCCACGAGCGGCCCCACGCGUGCCCAGCGGAGGGCUGUGACCGCCGCUUCAGCCGCUCGGACGAGCUGACCCGGCACCUUCGCAUCCACACGGGCCACAAGCCCUUCCAGUGCCGGAUCUGCAUGCGGAGCUUCAGCCGCAGCGACCACCUCACCACUCAUAUCCGCACGCACACGGGCGAGAAGCCCUUUGCCUGCGAGUUCUGCGGGCGCAAGUUUGCGCGCAGCGACGAGCGCAAGCGCCACGCCAAGAUCCACCUCAAGCAAAAGGAGAAGAAGGCGGAGAAAGGGGGUGCACCUUCCGCAUCCUCGGCGCCCUCCGUGUCUUUGGCCCCCGUGGUCACCACCUGCGCCUGAGGCUCGGGCUCCCAGGCCCCCUCUUUUUCCCUCCAGUGCCUCCCAGUUGCUCGCUUGAAAGCAGCGGGAAAGCCAGCCACGGAGGCUUAGGG